UGGUUCCAGUAAACCUACUAAAACUGGUUUGACUUUUUUAGAAUUGCAGAAUAAGCUUCCUAAAGCACGUGUUGUAUAUGCUAGUGCUACUGGUGCAUCAGAACCCCAAAACAUGGCAUAUAUGACUAGGCUUGGUUUGUGGGGAGAAGGUACACCUUUUACAGAAUUCAAUGAUUUUAUAUCUGUUGUAGAAAAAAGAGGUGUUGGAGCUAUGGAAUUGGUAGCUAUGGAUAUGAAAUUAAGGGGGCUGUAUAUGGCAAGGCAGUUAAGUUUCGCUGGUGUGACUUUCCGAAUUGAAGAAAUACCACUUUCUAAAGAGUUUAUUGAUAUGCAUAACGAGUCUGUAAAUCUUUGGGUUGAAGCAAGAGCAAAAUUUCAGGAAGCUGCAGAAUUAAUGGAAGGUGAUCCUCGACAAAAAAAAACUAUGUGGUGUCAGUUUUGGGCAUCUCAUCAGAGGUUUUUUAAAUACUUAUGUAUUGCAUCUAAAGUAAAGCAUGUUGUACAGUUGGCAAGAGAAGCUGCAAGUUCUGGUAUAUCUUUGCAAUCUGAUAGAAGAGUAAAAAAUCAAGCUCGAAGAGUUCACAUGACUUUAGAAUCGCCAUGGAGUGCUGAUAAAGCUAUUCAGCAAUUUGGUAGAACACAUCGAUCUAAUCAAGUAAAUGUUCCUGAAUAUUUAUUUCUCAUUUCUGACUUAGCUGGUGAGAGAAGAUUUGCAUCGAUUGUUGCAAAAAGACUUGAAAGUUUAGGAGCUCUCACUCAUGGUGAUAGAAGAGCAACUGAGAGUAGAGACUUAAGCCAAUUUAAUAUUGAUACUAAGUAUGGAAGAACUGCAUUAGAGACAGCAAUGAGAGCAAUAAUGGAAUAUGAGCAUCCACUUGUACCACCACCUUCUCAUUACAAAGGAAAUUUCUUUUAUGAUGUAAGAAAAGCUCUUGUAGGUGUUGCAAUAAUAACAGAAGAUCCUGCAAGUGGUUACCAUCUUCUUGAGAAGGACUACAAUAAUAUGAGUAAGUUCAUGAACAGGAUUCUUGGUCUUCCUGUUGGAUUACAAAACAGCCUUUUCAAAUAUUUUACAGAUACUUGAGAUUUAGGCACUGGAGGUGAUUUGGUGAAACGGAUAAAAUAUGAUUCAUUUCUUCAAAGAUAUGCAACAGUCUGA